CUUCGUCCUCCUCUGGCGAUCUGAUCCGCCGCCGCCGCCCUCCUCCGCCGCCGCCGCCCUCCUCCGCCGCCGCCGCCCUCCUCCAUCACCUCGGCCCUCCUCCACCUCCACCUCGGCCCUCCUCCGCCGCCGCCGACCUCCUCCUCCACCUCCGCUAGAUCUCCUCCAUCACCUCGGCCCUCCUCCACCUCCACCUCGGCCCUCCUCCGCCGCCGCCGACCUCCUCCUCCACCUCCGCUAGAUCUCCUCCACCUCGGCCCUCCUCCUUCGCCACCGACCUCCUCCUCCACCGAUUAGGGUUGCGGAUUCUGCGUGGCGACGGCGGCCUGAGGUUUCGCAGGCGACGGCGACCCCUAGGAUCCGCGUGCUGACGGCCAUGGUGGAUCCUACUGGAGUUCAAGCCAUGGUGGAUCCUACUGGAGUUCAAGCCAUGGUGGAUCCUACUGGAGUUCAAGCCAUGGUGGAUCCUACUGGAGUUCAAGCCAAGGUGGAUCCUAGUGGAGUCCAAGCUAAGGUUGAUCCGCGGCGGUCCUUUCUCCGUCGAUUCACGAACUCAAACAACACGGAGGCGAGUUCGUCUGGAACAAAUAAGUCAGAUACUCAAGAAUGGAAGGAAAAGAUGAUCAAAGUAGGUGAAGCUGUAGCAGCUGGAAGCAAUGGUGAUAAUAUGUUGGAAAGGUUCAUACACAUAGCAAAAGCUACUGGAUACUUGCCAGGGAACCAGCAAAUUGUGGAGAAUAAAACUAUAUAUGAACAACUAGAGGAAGAUGAUGAUGAUGAUGAAGAUGACAGUGAUGAAGAGGAUGAUGAGGAAGAAGAUGGUGCUGAGGAUGUGCAGAGAGAAAAUGAUGGUGAAGGCUAUGACAGUGAUGCAACUACUGAUCCUGGUGAUGAAUAUGAAGAUGGAUCAAUUAAAAUUAACAACACUCCAGGCACAGAAGAAGAGAAAUCCCAUAGAGGUCCAACAUUACUGAAGGGGUUCUGGAAACAUGUUAAUCCAAACUGUAAAAUAGAUGUGGAAUUCAAUGACAAUGGACAGCCUUGUGGUCCAAACACCAGCCAGUUCUCCAAUUUUAUUGGAAGUUUAGUUAAAGGAAAAGAAAUUUCAAUGGCAGCAACAAGCUGGAGCAAAGUACCCAGAUCUGAGAAAAUGCACUUGUGGGAAACUGUUAAGACAUUCUUUAAUGUUGAAGAAAGACAUAGGUACUGGGUACUAAAGUCUGCAGGUAAAAAAUGGAAAGAUUUCAAGUGCUACUUAAAGAAGAAACAUUACAAGUCAAAGUUAUCAAUAGAAGAGAACGUUGCGAACGGGUGUGGCCAAAGACUUCCUGAAGCUCAAUGGGAUUGGUUGGUGAGGCGUUGGAAGCAAAAAAAGUGCAAGAGAUUGUCAAGGAAGAACAAAACUGCAAGGAAAAACCAGCCAAAUAGUACACACACUACUGGGUCAAGGAGCUUCGCAGUUGUACAAGAUCAAACAGAGAUCCUAGAAGGUAAAAAAAUUGGGAGGGCUGAGCUGUACAGGAUCACUCACACUAAUAGCAAAGGACUGCCAGUUGACAAUUUUGCUGCUGGAAAAAUUAAUGAAAUCAAUAACAAACUAAAUGCCAAUCCUGAGCUGCAUGGGGAGGAACCAAAUCCCAAUGACCUCUAUUCAACAUUGUUUCCCAAAGCAAAGAAGUCAACAAGGUAUGGUCUAGGCAUGGUAGUUGGUGGAAAAGGAUCAGAAAAUCUAGCUCAAGCACUAGCAGCUCUUGAAGAGAGUAGGAAAGAGACCAGAGACCUAAAGCUUGUGGUCGAAAACAUGGCGCGAAAGACUGAUAUCAUAGAAGGGCGAUUGAGUCAACUAAUGCUAGUGUACCAAGCUAACAAGUGA